AUAUUUUACUUGCAAAAAUGAGAGUUUCCGUGUGCUUCUUCGUUAUUUUCGUUGCUCUUUGCCUAGGCGAUAGAAUCAAAGCUGCCGAGCCACAAUGUAGCACAGCCUGUCCCGAUAUUUACAAGCCCGUUUGCUGUACUUAUGCUAAUGGAACUACUGCUACUUAUGGCAAUUCUUGUGAAGCUGUAGCUUAUAAUUGCCCGCGCAAUGAUUGUUGCGUGACUACGGAAGAGGGAGAAUGUUCAGAACAAACUGAACCAGCACAGUGCCCUCAAGUCGCAUGCACAAUGCAGUAUGAUCCAAUUUGCUGCUACUAUGCUGAUGGUACUACCAGAACUUUCGGAAACUCCUGCGAAGCCUCAGUCAUAAACUGCCAGGAGAGGAAAUGUUGUGUGUCAACCACCCUUGGAGAAUGCAAAAGUACAGCCUAAGCAGAUUGCAGUCCUGAAUCCCAAAAAGCUUUAAAUAAAGCCAGGUCCUUACCGAUAUUUAAACUUAAAGCUGUUCUUCACCGGGCCUUAAAUUUGAUUACCAUAAUAUAAUUAAAAAAGUGCUUUCAUUAAAUUGAAAACAUCAGUACUAUGGAAAAUUAAAUUAAUAAAAAAUAGAAGUAACAAAAAAAGAUACUGCUUUAAUUGUCUU